GACCACAGAAACACUUAAAACAGGCCAAUUUCAUUGUGGGCUUGGCAAAAGAGCUGUGUUUAUGGCACCCAAACAGGGCCUCUGCAUGUCAGAUACCACAGACUUUUAAAAAGGGUGGGGUACAAAUAUUUUCAUAUCUGUUUUAGUGCGCGCAUGUGUUGAUAUGUUUGCACAUUUCCUAAAUGCAUGGGGCCCACGCUGGCAGUUUUUUAGCAGGAAACAUAUGUUUAUAGCUGACAUGGCUGAAGAGAGGGGCGACUGAACAGCUGCACAAAGGAAACUAGGCAACUAGUGUGUUGUUGUCGCCCUGCCAGUGAGGCUCAGUUGGGGUGUAAAAGUGCAAGGCAACAGGGUUUUUUAUUUGUGUGAGACAAGGAUAGCUUUCAAGGGACCUGUCCACUUAAUGCAAAUUGAAGACCACUUGAGAAGCCAUGAUCAGAACACUUGGACUGUUAAUGCUCCUGUCUGCUCUCUGCUGCAGCCUAGCGGACAAUGUGGAGCUGCUCCGCACUAAGAGAGGGACUCGUUUUUACAGAGGUGAGCCUGACAGGCAACCAGCCAGACGGACGCUUUUGAUUAUUCAUAUCGAGAAGUCUUCACCUUCCUUUGACACUUCCUUACAUUGUGUGGAUAGUGAAACAUCAGCAGUGCAUGGUUUUGGGGACACUUGGCUGCAAUGGAGGGGACAGCGUGUGGAGUAUUGCCGUUGUGCAUUAAGAGGACGAGAGCUUUGUCAUAUUGUCCCCGUCAUCAACUGCUAUGUGUCUCAGUGCUACAACGGAGGAACCUGUAAAGAGGCCGUGUACACUUCAGACUACAUUUGCCAGUGCCCUCCAGGCUUCAGUGGGACACAGUGUGAGAUCAACACCAAUGAGAAGUGCGUUGUGGAGCAGGGUGAAGGGUACCGCGGCACAUGGAGCAUCAGCCAUUCAGGAGCAGAGUGCAUCAACUGGAACUCUACGUCUCUGAGAGGAAGGAGGUUCACAGCUACAAAAGGGGACGCCAGCAGUCUUGGACUGGGCAAUCACAACUUCUGCAGGAACCCUGACCAGGACAGCACUCCUUGGUGUUACAUCUAUAAGGGCACUCAGAUUGUCUGGGAGUUUUGUUCUAUGCCCAAAUGUCCAGAAGAUAAGUACCAAAAGUGUGUGCUUGGCUCCGGUCAGUCAUACAGAGGCACUGCAUCUGUCACUAAGAGUGGCUCUCGUUGUCUCCCGUGGGACUCUCCUGUUGUCAAGCGUAAGCUCAACAAUGCUUGGAGAGCUAAUGCAUUGGAGCAGGGGCUGGGCAGCCACAGCUUCUGCAGGAAUCCCGACGCUGAUGAAGGGCCAUGGUGUCACACCUACAAGAACAUGAAGCUGACCUGGGAGCUGUGUGACAUACCUAAAUGCUCGAGACGUCCAGCUGUCAUCAGCACUCUCGGACCACGUGCCCCCACCACUGACAACAAUAAUAAAGCAACAUGUGGCCAGCGCUUAGACAACACCCUGAAUCGCCCGGCGUUUCGCAUGUUUGGGGGCAGAGAGAGCGACAUCACGGAGCAGCCGUGGCAAGCAGCCAUCAAUGUUUACCAGGCCCGACACAGAAAACACUUCCACCGAUGUGGUGGAGUCCUCAUUGACUCAUGUUGGGUCCUGUCUGCUGCACACUGCUUCGAGGACAAUGAUAAAGCAGAAAAAUUGGAAGUGAUUUUAGGAAGAACGUUUCGGAAGCAGAAUUCCACCAGCGAGCAGAUUUUUAAGGUUGAGAAGUACUGGAUCCACGAGAAAUUUGACAACGAAUCAUUUGACAAUGACAUCGCUCUCUUGAAGCUGAAGACGGACAUUGGCAUCUGUGCUGUGAACUCCCCUGAGGUUCUUCCUGCAUGUCUGCCUGAACGUGGGCUAGUUCUGCCCGACUGGACUGAGUGUGAGAUCUCAGGCUAUGGAAAAGACUCGGAAUUUUCUGCAGAGUACUCCGAGCGUGUUAAGAGAGGUUUCGUUCGCCUGUGGCCCAAAGAGCGCUGCAUCCCAGAUAUGCUGUCUGGGCGCACAGUUACCUCCAACAUGCUGUGUGCAGGUGACACCCGAGGCCUGGAUGAUGCCUGCAAGGGAGACUCUGGUGGCCCGCUCGUCUGUCGGAACAAUAACAAGAUGACUCUGAUGGGUGUGAUCAGCUGGGGGGACGGGUGCGGGCAGAAGGAUAAGCCUGGGGUCUACACCCGUGUCACCCAUUACAUCAACUGGAUCAAUGGCAAAAUUAAUGCCAACCCGGUCUAAAGUAAGAGAGACUGCAAAGAAGAUGUUGAUGGAUGACCAUACCUGUUAACACAAUGGGUAAAACAGCAAACGCAGAUAUGUUUAUCAUUGAGAUGAUAGACAGAGGGAUCCACAGAACUCUUAUUCUGUUGUUAAUCUGUCAUAUAAAAUCCAAAAGGAUGGAGGUUUUAAACCAGCAGGACCACUCCUACAGAGGUGCAUAAGAAGCACAGCAAUUGUGCGUUUUCAUGCUUAAUGUAGCUCAGAGCUCUAAAGUUUUCCUUACUGUGUUGAAUGUGACAGAAUAUAUGGACAAAAACAGAGGAGAAAACCGUUUUCCUCCUGCUGGGCCAUUUUGAUCUGGAUAAUCCUUUUUGUCUCUUCAUGCAUAUAACAUUUUCUAAAUAUUUCAUCCACCAAACUGGAGGUUCAGGCAUAGAAUAGAAAAUAUCAGUAUUUUUCUCUGCUCUUUCUGGUUGGCAUUAUGUUGCUUCAUACAAAGAAGUCACAGUGGUACACCUGAGGACAGUAGUGCUUUGAAUCCAAAAGAACACUCAACCCAAGCAUUUACUUUGCACAGGACAGUAUGUCACAUAGGAAUAUUGGCCUUUUACAUGCCACUCAUUUAGAUGUGAGGUUAUGUUGGCCUAAUUCGUUGUAUUGCAAAAUGUUCUGCAUUAGCCUACUUUGGGGCUUUAGGGGUUCCAGACCCCAAACACAAAAUGAAUCUGCUGGUUCAGAUUCUGCUUUUUGUCUGCAGUUCUAACUCCUUUAGCUCCUUUCUGCCGUGUAGAUGGGAUUAGAUUUGGACAAGUAGAAGCUCUGACAUAUUACCACUAUUCAACAAACCCUGUUCUGUGUUCUCCCACUCUGGAAGUCUGUUUUUAAAUCAAAUAUUCCAAAAACUUCUCCACCAAACACUUGGGUUGAGCCCAGUUUGUACUGUAUAUAGCAUGUGUAUUAUCUGAAAAUUGAUUUUACAUUAAACUGCUUCAUUGCUGCAAAACAAACUCCCUUUGUUUUGUGACUGGAUUUAAACUUUUUUUUUACUAAGUUAAUAUUUAUGUGUAUUUUAUAUUGUAUUGGAGAAGCUACUUUUGUACUGUAGUUUGAUAAUUUAUUGUCUUUGUCAAUAUAACCACAUCUGGCAACAUACUCCUUUGUCAAUAAAAAUAUUGGGAAUAAA